UUGGCUCAUUCACACGUCAGUCAUUGUUUAGCCCCGCCCCCUGCUGGUUCCCGUCGAGUGACGAAAGCACGAGCGCAGGUGCACAGGCUGGGAGCUGCAUCCAAACCACACCAAAUAAACCUCCUGUAAAGAUGGCCUCGGCAAAUGAUGCUCGAUAUGGACAAAAAGAGUCUGCGGAUCAGAACUUUGACUACAUGUUUAAGAUCCUGAUCAUUGGUAACAGCAGCGUCGGCAAAACCAGUUUUCUCUUCCGCUAUGCCGAUGACUCCUUCACACCUGCUUUCGUUAGCACUGUCGGCAUAGACUUCAAAGUGAAGACCAUAUACCGGAACGACAAGAGGAUAAAGCUUCAAAUAUGGGACACUGCUGGGCAGGAAAGGUACAGGACCAUCACCACAGCGUACUAUCGUGGAGCAAUGGGCUUCAUUCUGAUGUAUGACAUCACCAAUGAGGAUUCCUUUAAUGCUGUUCAGGACUGGUCCACACAGAUUAAGACAUAUUCAUGGGACAAUGCUCAAGUGCUGCUGGUGGGAAACAAAUGUGACAUGGAAGACGAGAGAGUAGUUGCUUCUAUGAGAGGAAGACAGCUGUCUGAACAGCUAGGUUUUGAGUUCUUUGAGGCCAGUGCCAAGGACAACAUUAACGUGAAGCAGACAUUUGAGCGACUGGUGGACAUAAUCUGCGAAAGGAUGGCAGAGAACCCAGAGUCUGCGGAUCCGUCUCUCACUGGAAACAAGCAGGGCCCUGAGCUCAGUGAGCAGCCACAGCGCUCCCACAAAGACUGUGCUUGCUAAAGGCUACUUUCACCCCCUCCAGCAUUCCCCAGCAGAUUGAACAAUGGACCAAAGGCUUUGGUAAGAGAAGAGCUGAUGGGAUGCGGCUGAGAGCCUGUCCUUUCUCUGCCACUUUUGUAAGGCUGACAUCAGAACAUUUUAUUUCUCUUAUAUUUGUAUUGGUGAUUAAUGCUCCUCUCAAUUCUUACUAAUUUGACAGAAUCUUCAGAGAUAGUACUUUUUGACUUUGUGGUCUAAUUAAUUUCAAGGUGAAAUUGGAUGAAUCGUAUUUCGUUUUGGUACAUUAUGUGCCAAGCCAUUCUUCUAAUUUGCAUUGAGCAUUUCCUGUGUGUUUUUUAGGGUUUCAUCAAAGUCAGAUUCACUCAGAUAUCCUCAAUACAUUGCCAAGAGAUAUUUUAUUACUUCCAAAACAGACCAAUAUGCAGUUGUGACCAGACUGUUGUGUGGAAACCAUCAGCAUGAAGGCUCAUUCCAAGAUAGAAAGUCUGAAAGCUUGAAUUGUUCAUAAGUACUGUUUCGCUCUUUUAAUUUUUUUAAAUUAAAGAGUGAAAACGAAAUGCACACAAAUGAAUUUGCUCCCUAUUAUUUUUUAAAUAACAGCAGGUGUAUUUUGUAAAACAUAUUAGCCUAUAUUAUAUAAGCAAAACGUAUAUGUGUGAUAAUAGAUGUGAUUAGGAAAAAAUAAUUAUGAUGUGCUUAAUUGCUUCUUGUUUUUGUAAUAUGAACUAUGAAUUAAUGAAUUUAAAUGUAUUUUCAGUUACAUGUUCUGCUUUUACUCCGGUUCCUACAUACUGGUGGACUUAAACUCCUCGUUUUACCAUAGAGAAAGCGUUUGAGUGUCUGUGUGCAUGUUAGUAUUGUAUGUCAUCCUAGUAUAUUGUAGAUAUUUUGUUUUACAAGCAUAGAUGAGGACAUUUCUGAGCAUAUUUCUACAGGCUGUAACACAAUAAAAGCUUUAUUGAAAAGAGAAACUUCAAAGAAUAGCAGCUAAUGGGUUUCUGGACUAGACUGUGUUUUGAAAAAACAGUAAUAUUAAAGCAAAAUGCAUUGUGAUUUGCUUUAAGUUCUCAUUUAGGCGAUGGAAACAAAUACUGUACAUGGUUGAAUAGGCAUCUUUAAUUGAUCACUUGUAUUAGUUAAAUCACUAGAGUAUUAAUAUACAUUAAUGCACACAGUAAUGUUAAUUAUGUUGUCAUUAGACAUGUUAAUUUACUGCUUUAUUUAUUGCUUAUUUAUUUACAUGGAUUUUUAUUGCUGUAUGUGUUCUGCGUUAGAUUAAGAGGGCUACUGCUACACCUGGCUUGGACAUGUCUUGCUUUUAUAAAUCACAGAGUUUUAAACACAAAAGGGGGUGAAUGUUUGAAAACCUCAUGUCUAACUAUGUGUUGAUUUUUUUUUUCCCCUAUGCAAUUCAGAAGCUUUGUUAUACCAAAUAGUCACUGGAUAUGCAGGGAUACUGUUUGUAAGGUGUGCAAUUGACAAUUUCUACCCUUCAUUUAUAUCCUGUUUACAGUCCGUCCUAAACUGAUACCAAACCACUGGGAUUUACUUUUUAUACAGAGAAAUAUGACACAUUAGUAUGCUUUAUAUGCAGAGUAAUCACUGUUAAAGUAGAAGCCAUAAAACUGAGUUUUGGUUUGAUACUGGAUUUCUUUUUUUUUUUUUUUAGUAGUUUGGCAGUUUGCAUUUUGUUUGUUUUGUAAAUUGUACAAUAGUUCUUCAGUUCCUGCACUAUGACAUUUCUCUUUUUAAAUUUACAAAUAGAUAUUAAGCAAUGUACAUCAUGCUGUAUUUCACCCUGGGAGAUAAUGGUAAGAUUAAACCACUGUAUUAGCAACUGAUAUAAACCAGACACUCACUGUCAUGAGUUCAAGUAACCACUUGCAUCUGUUUAUUGAGUUAAAUAAAAAAAGCUAUGUUUGAAAUCU